AAAUAGGACUGGGGUUUUGUUUGAGGGUAUUACAAACUGCACCAAUCGACAGAGCAGUUAAGAGAUUGACUGCAGAAGGAGUUUUAACAAAUACUGCUCUUUGGAAGAAAAAAUAGUAGGAAACAAAAAAGAGAAAGAAGAGGAAGAAGAAGAAAAUGAGGAUUGUUACUUGUUUUGUACUGGCGACGUGCAUAGCAUCAGUGACAGCGUAUUCAUUUGGGAAUACAUUAAGUAAUUGCCAAAAUGUGGUGAAAAGAACUUCAUGUAUUGGAUUCAACAGAAAAAAUUCAUUUCGGACGAUUGAUGGAACUUGCAACAACUUGAGAAAAAAGACACAGGGAGCAGCUAGGACCGUCCUAGCUAGACUGCAACCCGCUGAUUAUGUGGAUCGACAAAAAAUUGAUGCACCUCGUGGGUUUCCAGGAACAAAACCAACUGUUCCAACCGCUCAUCAAGUCUCACGAGCUGUCUUUCAAGUACAGAGAAAAAAUCAACAACGCGCUCGAGGGCUGUCAACUUUAUUUAUGGCUUUUGGACAGUUUAUUGACCAUGACAUUGGCUUAACACCUCAUCCUAAAUGUGACGUUUCCAAAGGGUGUGGCUCGAACAGUGCAUUCGCAUAUCCGUGUUUUCCCAUUAAAUUUACACCAAAAGGAAGUAGAUGUACCAGUUUUGCACGUUCAGUUCCCGUCUGUCAACAAGGUGGAAGAAGGACAACAAGAGAACAGAUCAAUGUGUUAUCUUCAUAUCUCGAUCUCUCUCAGGUGUACAGUAACGAUAAGACAAUCUUUCGAAAAUUGAGGAAACUAGACGGAAGUGGACAGUUAAAAGUAACCAGAAAUAAUCUACUUCCUAUUGAUAUCCCUGCAUCGUCCCCAUCUUGCGAGAAUCCGGCUGGCUGCUCUCUUCUUGGUGACAGUCGUGGAGACGAGAACAUCGCAUUAAGUUCCAUGCACACCAUUUGGGUAAGACACCACAACUUUAUCGCGAAAGCACUGAAACGUCGUCAUAGAUCUUGGAAUGAGCGAAGGCUAUUUGAAACAGCUCGAAAGAUUAACAUCGGUAUUUACCAGAGAAUCGUCUAUAAUGAAUUUCUACCUCCAUUGGUCAACACAGGGAGGUAUAGGCGAUACAACUCUCGUGUGGAUGCUAGCAUUGUAAGCGUGUUCUCUACAGCUGCGUUUAGAUUCGGCCACAGUCUUGUUCCAAAUGCUUGGGCACUGCUUGAUAAGAACUACAACAAAGCCUUUAAUGAUAUCUCCCUCCAGGCUUCUUUCUUUGACACGCGACCGCUUCGACGUCGUGGCAUAGAACCAAUAGUGUAUGGUUUAUUAAAAAAUCAGUCGCAGGUGGUGGAUACUAAGUUCGCAUUCGGUAUAGCUCGUCGAUUGUUUGUUCCUGUUGGUACGCGCGGCUAUGCUGAUUUACCGGCUUUGAAUAUCCAAAGAGGACGCGAUAACGGCAUCCGAACAUACGGAACAUGGCGAAAAGUUUGCAAGUUAAGGCGAUUAAGAAAAUGGUCGGAUCUGAUUGGAUUGAUGUCUUCUUCAGCACGAACAGCUUUUAGAAAGCUAUACAAACAUCCCAAUGAUAUUGAUAUAUUCGCAGCAGGUAUUGCUGAACGACACAGGGGUGGCAAAAUGUUGGGGGAGACCUUUCAAUGUAUCAUAAAGAAUCAAUUCCAGAGAUUACGUAAUGGAGAUCGGUUGUAUUUCGAAAGAGCUGGUGUUUUCACAAGCAGACAGAGGAAUGAAUUAAGGAAAAUGACAAUGGCAAAGGUCUUAUGCAAUACCCUUAAAGAUGUAGUGUCAGUGCAGAUAAAAGCGUUGAAGGUAUUUGGAUAUGGAAAUUGGAGAAGAGAAUGUGGAUCAAUUCGAGGAGCCAACCUAAAUGCAUGGUAAACAAGUGUGAAGACAUUAUUGUUUUCGCAGAGACUUAUAUCCAUCAAUUCAUUUGUAUAGUUGUUAGAUUCUUAAUUCACAAAAAGAAUAUUUUUUAUUUUUA